AUGGCAGACACUAAGAAAAUCGCCAUCGCUCAAGCACCAUUCGAUGAUCAUAACUGUGACAUCAUCCUCCGUUCGGCAAAUGGUGUCGAUUUCCAUGUCUUCAAGCUCAUUCUUUCACUCGUGUCGCCUGUAUUCAAAGACAUGUUCGCGCUACCGCAGGGGGAAUCGCAGUCAAAUAUAUCGUCUGUACCUGUCAUCACUGUGACUGAGAGCAGCACCACUCUCGAUUCCCUUCUUCUACUCUGCUAUCCUGCCGCCACCCCAACCUUCGGCAGCUUCAAUGAUGCAAAGGCUGUGAUGGAAGCAGCUAGCAAGUACGACAUGCAAACGGCCCUCGGCCGUGCAGGAGAUCUCGUGAUGGCCCAGUUUUUAUCACAUCGCUGUCUCGAUUUGUACGCUGUCUCUUGUCAAUUCGGGUGGCCGCAUCAUGCGCGAACAGCUGCUACUCGGUCCCUAGAGAUCAAGGAUCUAGGACGACCCAGCCAUAUGUUUAAUGGUAUUCGGGACAUCAGCGCUUUGGAUCUCCACAGGCUCCUCGAUUACCAUUAUAAAUGUGGCAUCGCUGCUCAAGCAGUCGGGAGUUCUCUUUCGUGGCUAGAACCUUCACAUAAACCUAUGCAAAUGUGGAAAGAUUGCACAUGCAAACCUGAUGUGGGUGUGAAACUACAAAAGAACUUCGGAAAUGUCUAUGUCACCUCCUUGUUCCAUGAAUAUUUGGUUUUCAGCGGGAAGAAGUUGUUGGCAAGACCUUGCGAGUCGACCUUGCUAUCGGAGUUGUCACAUUACAAUCGCGUUAUUACAGACGCGACUGAGUGCAGCAGCUGCCGAAGCACUGUUGUCGAGGAUAUGCACAACUUCCGCGCCUUAUAUAUCUCACGAGUUAAGAAGGUGAUUGCGGCUAUUGAAGGCGUAUGA